AUGGCCGCUGUUUGCCAGGUAGUGGGGAGUGGUGGGGAAUAGGGGCCCGAUUGGGUCUGCAGGUGCCGCCAUGUCAGUGCAUGCCUAGCCUCCAGCCGCGUAGUACUCACGAUAGGCUUUGCCGCGACUAUACCAUCGAUUACAUCCCAAAUAUUUUGUUUAUUUAUCGGGCUAAGCGAUUAUUUAACGCCUGUCCGAACUGUUAUUCCAAAAAGUUUCCUAACAAGUUAAGACUACCAGUUGUUGGAUUGGAGCAGGCUUUUUACAUAAACAAAGAAAUUUGUGUGAGUGACCUCUGCGUUAAGUGAGUCUGUAAAUUCUUGAAUUAUUGCAAAUUACUUUUGAAGAAAGUUGAAUCAAAAACGGGAUUUGUUGAUAAUUUUUGGGAAUUUAAGCCCAUGUGUGUCUGCUAUUAAACGACAGAAAGCUGUCCUUUGGACAGAAAGAGGAAAAGAGAUAGAACCAGUGAAUAAAGGAGAACACACGACACACACGUUCUUCGAGGUUCGUUCGUCUUGUUCUUCUUACCUUGUGUGCAUACGGUACCUUGAAUAUCAUCUCAUACCUAAGAUAUACCUCCAAGGUUAUAAUCCAACAAGUUUUGCAAUUUUAAGUUUGAAUUUUCCCGCCCUUAAGCUAUUUUAACUAUCAUUCGCCUAUUAGUUGUAGUUAGCAAGGAAAUGGUACUAUUUCCCAAUCAAUCAUCAAUUAGUGGAUCUGUGUUGUGAUUAGUGAUCAAUGUGAGUGUUUAUUAAAUAAUAAAUAAGUUUUGUGUUAUUUAUAUCAGAGUGAAAAAAAUGGUGAAAGUAUAAACGAGAUAAAUAGAAAUUGUGAUAAUCAUUUGACAAUAGUUAAGAAAACAAAAGUAAAAGCACCUCCACGUGUUAAUAAGCAUUCGGAAGUAAACAUAUCAGUAAUGAAACAUCAAAGAUAAUAAAAGUAGAAGAGGAGAGAUGGAGGAGGGGACGAUGAUAAUGGUAGACGGUGGAGGUGGAUUUCGAGGUGUAGUCAGGUUACAAUCAUCACGAAUGAUCCAGCUACUGCUUCUCAGCAUCCUGAUCACGUUAUUAACCCCAGGCGGUGUAAAUACCGAGCAAGUACGACACCUUGAAGUAUCUGAGAAUGCCCCACCAGGUAGUAGAGUUGGUUUCAUCGACCUUGAAGGCCCGCCGUAUCUCAUUGUUCCGGUAGCAGGUUCCCCGGUUAUCAGUGACUUGACCGUAGAUCCAGCAACCGGGGAAAUAAAGACCCGGCUCCCGCUGGACCGGGAAACUAAUCCGUCGUACAGCUUUGUAGCGUUGCCUCAGCGAGGGAACAUCCGCGUGGUGAUCAAAGUUCUGGAUGAAAAUGACAACGCGCCAACUUUUCCCGUUGAUCAUGUAGACAUCGAGUUUCCCGAAAACUCGCCGCGGGACGCAAAGCGGGCCUUGCCCCCCGCUAAGGACCCAGAUUUAGGGCAGUACUCCACUCAGAGGUACGAAAUCGUCAGCGGGAACUUUGGAGAUGUCUUCAGAUUGUCUCAACAUCGAGGAAGGGACGGAGUUUUGUAUUUGGAUCUUCAAAAUUCAGGAAAUUUGGACCGUGAAGCCAGAUCUUCUUAUCAAUUGAUAAUUGAAGCGUUGGAUGGAGGCUCGCCGCCGCUGAGGUCCAGGUUGAAGGUCAACGUUAUCGUCCAGGAUGUCAAUGACAACCCGCCGAUCUUCAACCAAACUAGGUACACUGCCAGUGUUCCCGAAAAUGCUACCGUAGGAACUCCUGUGUUGCAAGUUAACGCCACUGAUUUGGACAUUGGAAGCAAUGGGAUGAUCGAGUACUCGAUUAAUCGCAGGCAGAGUGACCGCGAGGAGAUAUUCAGAAUUGACAGCUCUUCUGGUAUGGUCUUCGUUAACAAGGCUCUGGAUUUUGAAUCCAAAGAACGGCAUGAAUUGGUGAUAGUGGCCCGAGAUUUGGGCGCUCAGCCGCUUGAAGCAAGCGCCUUUUUGUCGGUUUACGUGACUGAUGUGAAUGACAACCAGCCGACGAUAACGGUGAUAUUCCUUUCGGACGACGCGACACCCAAAAUAAGUGAAAGUGCCCAACCAGGGGAAUUUGUCGCUCGGAUUUCGGUAAGUGAUCCAGAUUCGAGGACUGAGUAUUCCGAUGCCAAAGUCUCUUUGGUCGGGGGAGAGAACCACUUUGGUUUAACGACACGUGACAAUAUUAGAUACCUGGUGGUGGUUGAACGUCCGCUAGACCGCGAAGAACAGCCGGUUUAUGACUUGGCCGUAGAAGCUACUGAUGCUGGAACGCCUCCUCUUAGGGCUGUCAGGACUUUCAGGCUUCUUGUGACGGACGUUAAUGACAACGCGCCUGCUUUUGAACAGGAACUGUAUGAAGCUCAUUUGUUGGAAGCUUCCGAACCCGGGACUGCUGUGAUCAAAGUUAAGGCCACGGAUGUCGAUGAAGGUGUUAAUUCGGUUAUUAAGUAUUCGUUGAAGAACACCACCUGGUUUUCUAUUGAUAAGGACACUGGGCUGAUCAGUACAGUGACACAUGUGGAUUGUGAAACUGAUCCUGCUCCUAAUCUCGUUGUUGUUGCUACCGAUUCUGGUAGGCCUUCUUUGACCGGGACUGCUAUUGUCAGGGUUACUGUUCAUGAUCUUAAUGACAAUGAGCCUAUUUUUGAAAAACCGCUUUACAAUACUAGUGUACCUGAGGAUUUGCCUGUCGGACACUGCUUUAUUAAGGUACAAGCGACGGACCCCGACUGCGGCGUGAACUCCAUGGUGAACUACACCCUGGCAGCAGGACAACUCGCCAGCGAGCAGCUUUUCGUAAGAAGCGAUUCUGGUGAGAUCUGCGUGAGAUCGCCCUUGGAUCGUGAGCUUGCUUCGUACUUGGAACUCCCAGUUGUUGCUACAGAUCGAGGAGGCCUUAGUACCACUGCAAUAGUCAGAAUCCAGGUGCUGGACGUCAAUGACAACAGACCAGUGUUCAAUCCUCGAGACUACAACGCAACCAUCAGAUCAGAUGCGCCUCCAAGUGACACCAUAAUCAAAGUGAUCGCUACCGAUCUAGAUGCCGGAUCCUUUGGACAAAUUACUUACCGAAUUUCGGGAGGAAACGACGCAGGAGUCUUCAGGAUUGACCGGGUGACAGGUGAGCUCCAGGUCGCCCGUCCCAGUCUAGUAGGAAGAUCUCCAGUCCAUUUGCUAAACGUGACGGCGAGCGAUACCGGGGGGCUGAACAGCCUGGUGGAUGCCCGUGUCAGAGUGAGCGUGGGGAUAGGUCAACGGUUGCCGAUCUGCGAGCGCCCCAGAUAUGCCAUCAGCGCGAGGGAAAACGUGCUGCAGAAUAGCAUUAUCGGGGAUGUUAAAGAAGCCAUUGUUGGAGAUGUUACGGCUGCUGGAGCUACCGGUAAACGACCGAGCAGAUUUUUUCUCGCUACCGGUGAAAAUGAAUUCUCUAUUGAUCCUUCCUCCGGAGUACUCAGAACUCGGAUACCUUUCGAUCGUGAGACACGUGAUAAAUAUGUCCUUAGUGUGGGGAUCAGGAAUAAUGUCGGGAUUGGAUAUUGUCAGGUGGAACUGACAGUGGAGGACGUAAAUGACAACCCACCAGGUUUCCCAAGCACCAGCGUCCGUAUAUCAGUUCCCGAGUCACACCCACUGCGUACGGCAUUGUACGUAGCCCACGCCUGGGACCCCGAUACGAGUCCUCCAGCAGCAGUUUCUUACCAGCUCGGACAGAACAGCAACGAUCUCUUUGGAAUCGACAGCCAGACCGGGGAACUCUACCUGUCCCGUCGGCUGGACUACGAGACCCAGCAGCGGCACAAUUUGAUGAUCAGCGCCGUAGACGGAGCGGGUCUCUCCGCCAACAUAACUCUCAGCGUAGAGGUCCAGGACGUGAAUGACAACCCCCCGGUGUUCGAGAGGAAUGAGUAUCACGUGGAGAUUCCCGAAGGCGCCAAACUCGAUUCCCAGGUUCUCCAAGUGACGGCACUGGACUUGGACACCGGUAAUAAUGCGAGGAUAAGUUACCGUCUCCAAGGAUCUACUCUGUUCCGCAUAAGUCCCAACACAGGAUGGAUUUACCUCCGUCAGCCCUUGGAUCGAGAGACAACCGAUCACUACUCGCUGACGGUCCUGGCCACGGACAACGGGAGUCCUGCUGCUACUGCCAGCUCCAUGGUCCAGGUCACCGUGCUCGAUGAUAAUGACAACAGUCCGCACUUUGUCAAGGACUUCUACACCUUCGAACUCCUAGAGAAUCUUCCCUCGGGGACAGUCGUUGGAACGAUCCGCGCAGUGGACCCUGAUUUGGGCAGAAAUGCCCAAAUUAGGUACACUGUUGUCCAGCACAACAGCAGCUUUGCGAUUGAUCCAGAUACUGGGGAAAUAAUAACACGUGAGCCUUUGGAUCGUGAGACCAAGAGCAUCCAUGAGCUGGUGCUAGAAGCUAGAGACCAAGGAACGCCGUCUAGAGCGGCCAGGGUGCCGCUCAGAGUCACUGUGCUGGAUGUCAAUGAUAAUUCCCCGGAAAUAGUGGAUCCUCAAGGGGAUGUUGUUAGUGUGAGGGAAGAACAGCCACCUGGGACUGAAGUCGCACGUGUGAGAGCUCUAGAUUCUGAUUUGGGGGAAAAUGCUACUAUUACUUACAGUAUUCUAAAAGACCGCGACUCUGACGGCUACAACGUGUUCACAAUCGACCCAAUAACCGGAAUGAUCCGUACAAAAUCCGUCUUGGACCACGAAGAGCGCGACGUCUACCGCGUGUCCGUAAAAGCAAGCGACGCGGGUCGUCCCCCGCGUCACAGCAUCCGGGCCCUGCGAGUAGAAGUGCUAGCCUUAGCGGACAACCGGCCAACGUUUACCAGCAGCAGCUUGACCUUCCACGUAAGAGAAGACGCCAGCAUCGGUCAGUCCAUCGGGUCAGUCUCCGGAGCAGGUCCAGCUGGCCGGGUGGCCUACACAUUGGACUCCCUUGCUCCAGUGACUAACACUCCAGCCUUCGAUGUCGACCGGAGCUCUGGGCAGCUGGUGGUUGCUCAUUCUCUUGACCGCGAGAACGUCAGCGAGUACCACUUAAAGAUCCGUGCUCUGGACACCACUUCGAUAGGAAAUCCUCAAAGCAUCGCGGUCUCUGUUAAGAUUGUGAUUGACGAUGCCAAUGACAACGCUCCUAGAUGGCCGCUGGACCCGAUCUACAUCCGGGUCUCGGAAGCGGCCGCUCUGGGAACUAUUAUUUAUAAUUUGACCGCCACUGACCUGGACAGCGGAAUGAACGGCGAUCUUCGCUAUGAUCUGGUCAGUGAAUUUCCCGGGAGCGGAAGUUUUGCUGUUGAUUCACUCACCGGCGCUCUCAGCCUCGUCAAGCCUCUGGAUCGCGAGGAAAAAACUGAGUACAUGUUAUUUUUACGCGCUACCGAUCGCGCUCCUCUUGCUGAUCGCCUUUCGUCCACUGUCACCGCUAAAAUUAUUGUAUUGGACCAGAAUGAUAAUGAUCCCGUAUUCGUCGCACCUGAGGUCAAUAAAAUUACUGUUACUACUGAUUUAUUACCAGGAACAAGCAUCGUGAGAGUAAUAGCAGUAGACAAAGACACAGACAACAAUGGCCGAGUAUCCUACGUAAUAGUCUCAGGAAACGAAGAGUCAAGAUUUUCCCUCGGCUACGAUUCGGGAAUUCUAACCCUAAUGAAGCCAAUAGCCCGAGACACGGUUCUGCAAGUGGCAGCAAACGACCACGGAUCGCCACCUAGACGCGCAGUGAUGAACCUGACAGUAGCGAUCGCCGUGGGACAAAGCAGAGGGCCUCCGCGACUCCUUCUGCCAAACCCAGUGGCCACCGUCUCGGAAAAUCUGGCCGUCGGCGGGUUUAUUAUCAAUGUCGUUGGAUCAGCUCUCGGCGAACAAGUUAAUGUUACUUUCGAUAUUCCAACGGGCAUCGCUGACGACAAAUUCACUAUUUCUUCCACGGGAGUCGUCUCAUUGGCAGCUCCGCUGGAUCGCGAGAAGAACCAUCGGUACUCUAUUCCGAUCCUUGCUAAAUCUACUAAGCUCCUGGAUCUCACAACUUUGGAAGUUAAUGUUCAGGACGAGAAUGACAAUGCUCCGGAAUUUCGGCCUGGCUCUUGUUACACUCUCGCUGUUCCUGAAAAUCAAGAUGAUGCUGUUAUUCACACUGUUGCUGCUGUUGAUAAUGAUGAAGGGGCUAAUGGAGAAAUUUCUUACAGUAUUAUUGGCGGAAACGUAGGAGGAAAAUUCAAGCUAGAUCCAGUUACCGGUCACUUAUCAGCAUUCAAUCUCGACCGGGAAACAGUAGCGCGGUACAACCUCGCGAUAUCCGCUAAAGACAAAGGACGACCCAGCCUGGAAACCCGUUGCAAUAUCACCGUAAUCGUAAUCGACGUGAAUGACAACUCUCCGAUGUUCCUGAGGGAGCAAUAUCGGCCCUCCAAGGAGUUCUUCCCUCAGACUCCUCAGUACCAGUUCGCAAACUCGUACCCUCACUACAUAGCCGACAAAUACGUAACCUCGAUAUCUGAAGACACGGCUCCGGAUUCCUCGAUUCUCAGUGUUCGAGCCACCGAUCCUGAUCAGGGGAUCAAUGGAAAGAUAACCUACGUGAUCGCUGAAGAGACUUCUUGGCUCUUCCGAGUUGACAAUUUUACUGGAGUCAUCACAACAGCUGGAGCGUUGGAUCGUGAGCGGCAAAGUAGCUACAGCUUCCUGGUGAUAGCAACCGAUAGCGGGAGCUAUGACGCGAAAAGUACAUCAAUACCCAUCGAGAUAAAUUUAACAGACGUUAAUGACAAUGCACCUGCGUUCACCGAGACGCCGUUCAAAGCGAGCGUACCCGUAACGACCCAGCCGGGGCACACAAUUCUCCAAGUGCAAGCUUCAGACCCCGACGUCGGAGCCAAUGGCGAGGUCUCCUACGCCUUUUCGAGCGACGUCGAGACCUCCAAGUCCAAGUUCCGCAUUCACCCGACCACCGGGGUCCUCACCGCGAUCACUUCCUUGACCCAGGACUACGGCAAGACCUUCCACCUCCAAAUAGUCGCCAGAGACAAAGGAACGCCGUCUAAAACCACUCAAGGCUUGAUCGAGCUCCGAGUUGGAGAUCCUGAUGACGUUGUUCCUAUGUUGAAGUUCCAGAACGAGUCCUACCAGGUCGACGUCCAGGAAAACUCGGCUGCUGGAACAGAAAUUCUACAAGUCACUGCCGUGCGUACUGAUGGCCGGCGGCAUCAUGUUGCUUACUCGAUCGCUUCUGGAAAUUAUUUUGACACUUUUGUCAUUGAUCGCGAUACCGGUAUGCUCAAAAUUAAUGACCCGGCGAAGCUUGAUGCUGAAUUGUGGAUUGAUUCUUCAGAAAGUCAGUCUAGUAGAGUUCUGACUCUAGUUGCUAAGACUACUGGAUCAGAGCCUUUGGAGGCCUAUGCUAAAUUAGUCGUCAAGAUUUCUGAUGUCAAUGAUAAUGCGCCGAUUUUUACUCAGACUCAAUAUUCGGCUACUGUUUUAGAAGGGAAUGCUAAAGGAACUUUUGUUGUUAAGCUAUCAGCAAGUGACGCAGACCAAGACAUAAACGGCAAAAUCCUGUACCAUAUCGUAGACGGAAACCCUGACAAUGCCUUCACCAUAAGUCCACCUUACAGCGGAAUAGUGCGAACCAACAUAGUCCUGGACCGCGAAAUCCGCGAAAAGUACCGGCUCACAAUAAUAGCAACUGACCAAGGCAACCCCCAAUUGACCGGAACAGCGGCUCUGAGUGUGCGGGUGAUCGACAUAAAUGACAACCAGCCCACCUUUCCUGGGCACAAAGUAAUUCCAGUUCCUGAAGGCACUGCGGUCGGCACCGUCCUGACGACAAUAACCGCAAACGACGUGGACAGCUCCCCGGCGUUAACCUAUCGUUUCGGGAACGUAAAUCACCCGAGUCCGUUCAGCAUCGAUCGUUACGGCGGCAAGGUCACGCUAACCGAGCCUUUGGACGCUGAGGACUGCGAUGAGUACACGGUCCAGGUGAUCGCCAGUGACGGAAUCCAUGAGGCAAUCACUGAUCUCACUGUCAGGGUCCUCGACGUAAAUGACAAUCAUCCGAAAUUCCAGCAAGCCGCUUACAUCGCCACCUUAUCAGAAGGCCGAGGUGAAGUACGUGAAUUACUGGCAGUAAACGCGACAGACGAGGAUCUCCUGGAAGCCAACAACGUCGUACACUACCACCUUCUCAGUCCCGUAAAAGGCUUCAGUAUAAACUCCGAGACCGGAGUGAUAACUGCCAACAGAACAGCACUGUCGCGCCCUGUUCCCAAGGAGAUUGAGUUGAUAGUCGUCGCACAGGACUCCGGGAAGCCGGCGCUCUCCUCAACCUGCUCGGUGAUCAUCAGGUUGAGCGGACUCAGGAACUCUUCUUCAAACCGGGAGUUCAAGAUCAGCGUCAGCGAGAACGCCACUCGGGGGACUAGUCUUCUUAAGUUGGCUGAUCUAGGGCUUCUAGACGGAAGCAUUGUGUCUCAAGAAGGCACUGAUGCUUUUGAAAUUUCUCGCGGCAGAUUGAUUAUUAGCAAGAAUUUGGACCGUGAAACUAAAGACAGAUAUAUAAUCUACCUAGGAACCAAAACCUCAAACUCAUCCAACCUCUCCACAGAGGACGUAAUAAUGGUAACAAUCCAAAUCGACGACUCCAACGACAACUACCCUCACUUCACCGAGGACCUCCAAGAAGUGACCAUAAAAGAAGACGCGCCUAUCGGCACCGUCCUUACCACAAUCCGGGCUAGCGACAACGACCUCUCUGGAGCCUUAUCAUCAACCAUAACCUACAACAUAACCUCCGGCAACGACCGCCAUUUAUUCCAAAUCGACCCAUCAACCGGCUUGAUCACCGUGAACUCAACCCUAGACUGCGAUUUAUCACCCGAAACGCACCACCUUGUGAUCCUGGCCUGCGACAGCGACCCCGUUCCACUAUGUUCCCUCGCCAGGGUGCGUAUCCACAUCUCCGACGUGAACGACAACUCCCCCAAGUUCCCAGUGCACGAGUACCUCGAAUUCGUGGGGGAAAAUGAACCCGUAGGAACCCGAGUGUUCUCCGCCCGAGCUUCGGAUCUCGACCGCGGAAUUUUCGGAACCGUAAAUUACUCAAUCGUUUCCGCAGCAGCCUCCGGAUUUACCGACAUAGACGACUCCUGGAAACUCUUUAACGUAAACCCGUUAACCGGAACAGUGACCACUGGCGCCAUCUUCGACUACGAACAGCGGAACCGCUACGCAUUUACCUUAAGAGCAACUGACACAGGUGGCAGAACCGCAGCUGUGAAGGUCAGAGUAGAAAUAGACUCCAGAGACGAGUUCUACCCUCAAUUUACGGAACGGAUGUACCGGUUCGACCUCCGGAACGGUUUACAAACGGUUCCUGGAACCGUAGUCGGUCAUGUGACCGCUACAGACCGCGACAAAGGUCCCGACGGUCGGGUAGUGUACCAAUUAACCUCCCAGCACCCUUACUUCAAGUUAAACCGCACCACGGGGGCGCUGAUAGUCAAAAAGAAGCUCCAUUAUGACUCCGAAGAGUCUUCUAGGCUUGUAGUAAGCGCCAGUUCCGGUAGGCAGCGCUCUUUGUCCAACAUGACUGUCGUAGAGAUCCGAAUUAUCGACGAUGAGUCUAACAGCCUCUUCUCUACCAACUACCCAUCGAAUUUAGGCGCGAACAUGGCAGUGGCGACAUCUAACGGACUUGCGGAUUGGGCCUUAGGCCUCCUGAUAGCGCUAGUGCUCCUAAUUGCUGGAUUUGGAGGGUUCUUCUUGUUCGUCCAUCUUAAGAACCGAAAGCACAAAAAGCCUAGUGCUAAACCUGGCUUGAAUGGCGAUGGUGGCGCCACUGCUUCUAAUAGCUACGUAGAUCCCACUGCUUUUGAUACGAUUCCUAUUAGAGGUGUCGCUGGUGUCGCUGCUAGUGUUCCGAAUAAUCAAGGGGCGUGUCAGUUCGCUCCGCCCAAAUAUGACGAAAUCCCGCCCUAUGGAACUAGUGGGCAGUCUAUUAGACAGCAAGGAACCUCCGAGAUUUCUGGGAGUGACCAGUCCGGUUCCUCUGGGAGGGGUUCCGCGGAAGAUGAUGGAGAAGAUGAGGAAAUCAGGAUGAUUAAUGAGGGACAGGCUCCUGAUUCUGCUAGUGAUCUUUCUGUUCAUAAUACUCAGGAGUAUCUUGCUAGAUUAGGAAUCGUCGAUGCGCCAUCUGCGAACUCCCACUCCCACGCUAGGAGACCUCCAGAAGCCCUCCCACUGGACAGCAUUCAUUUAUUUGAAGAUGAAGCAGUAACUGAAGCGGAGAUCGCUACGCUUAUUUACGGAAAAAUUGGAGAAUCUAGGAGGCCCACUUCGGAACUGGAGGUUCCUGGAGGCCCUUCCAUGAACGGUUCCUUAAGUUCCAUUGUUCAUAGUGAAGAGGAACUCACUGGAUCUUAUAAUUGGGACUAUCUUCUAGACUGGGGGCCUCAAUAUCAGCCCCUAGCGCAUGUUUUUAGUGAGAUUGCGAGGCUCAAAGAUGACGCUAGUGUUCAGAGUUCCGGGAACAGGCACAAGGUUCAGCAGCACAAGGCUCCGCCUCCGCCGUUAUUGACUUCUGUGGCGCCAAGGUCGAUCGCAGCGCCAGCUUUGGCGAGAGCGAUGCUACCCAGGAGCCCGAUUAGCCAUGACACUUCUACUUUCCCCUCCGCGGCGCUAAGUCCGAGUUUUUCGCCAUCUCUGUCGCCGCUUGCUACAAGAAGUCCCAGUAUUAGCCCGCUUGUUCCUCCCACUCCGCAGAGGGCGCAGAAUCCGAGGAACUUACCCGUUGUUGAUAGUGAAUUGAGGAUUUGAGUAGUGGGUUGAGAGAUUUCUUUCUAGAAUGUUAAGUAUUAGUGUUUUUG